AUGAAACGAGCUGCAUGUGACGAAUCUGAAGCUUCACCGAAAAAACAGAAAGCCGUGUUUUCGGAAAAUGUAAAGGUAUUUUUCAGAAAUUAUAAUAUAAAAACCACCCCAAAGCUGAUGUUUUCAGGAAUUCGAUGAUUUUUUGGCAAAUCUCAAGGGAAGCGAGAUCAAAUCGCUCAAAUUUAUUGACAAGAAAUCAGAAUUACACAUUGGUUUGGAAAAUAAUGAGCAAUUUGUUUUUAUUUUCUCGGAUUCAAUCAUUAAAUUGGAGUACAAUGAGAAAAACGGAGUUUUUGCGAAGUCCGAAGUAGGAAAAUCAGAACAGGAAUUGAUCUCUAAAUAUUUUCAAAUAAUUAUUGAAAAAUCAGCGGAUUUCUUGAAAAACAUUGAAAUUUGUUCGAAGGAUUUUCCGUUUUCUUCAACCAACAUCAAAAACUGCAAAAACUUGGAAAAUCUCAAAAUUUCUCAAAAUGGAAACAGUUUCGAUUUGAUAGAAAGCGGAUUUUUGAGCCAAGAGACAAUUUUUGAAAUCACUGGAGAUAUUUGGAUUCACGGUGUUUCGUUGGAUGGAAAUAUUUUGGAUCUCGAAAAAAUGAAGUUGAAAAAGAUAAACUGUGAUCAAGUAACCGGAAGAGUACACAAUGUUAUUUCGAAUUAUUUGAACAAAUUCAAAAAGGGAAAACUUGAAAAUGUGCUGGAAAAUGUUGAUUUGAAAAUGAUUGUUGAGAAGGAAAAAGACUCAGAUGUUGAUGAUGAAGAAGAUGAAGAUGCAGCUUAUUAUCGUUAUAUGAAAGGUGGUUGGAGAGAAGAAAUGCGAUUGCAUGAUGAUUUUGAUAUGCUUCUUUGGUGUCAUGAACCUAUUCGAAAGCCGUUUGUGUGAGUUGAAAUUAUGGAUUUUCAGCGAAAUACUAUUUUUUCAGAACUGAGAACGAGAUGCGUUUUGGACUUGCUAAUGAAACACAUCAAAUCGAAAUCGAUUGCGAUGGAAAACAUUUCAAUAUGUGUCGAGUUGAAAGAGAAGAUUUUUGA